ACUCGUAAAUUUUUAUUAAAGGUAAAAAAUACAAUGUCUUCAUAUACCAAUGCUACUGACGAAAGCUCAUCAAAUGAAGAUCAGGAAAGUUCAUAUUCAGUAAAACCUGUUAAACCAAAAAUCAGUAAAAGAAAAAAUGUUGGCGAGUCAAAAACUGGUAGUAAAAAGACCAAGAUCGGAAAGCAAUCGGAAUCAUACAAGGAUAUUUUUAUGGAUUUGAUAUCAAAAGGGAAAGUUGAAAAUGAUGUAUUGAACACAUUAACAAUGAAGGAAGGAAAUAAUUCAUACACUUUUAAAUGUCCUGUUGCACCACACUGUGAAGACUACUAUGUUAUUCAGCAUUACAAAAUUAGUACAAUUCAAGAUAUUCCGUCAGAUGAAAGAUGGAAACAUGCGGAAGCUAGUAUUAAAAUUCAUACAUCUACUAGAGAUACAAAAGAUUCGAACAUUUCAAACAAAAUCAAUGACGUUGUUCGUGAAAUAUUGGACCGGUUUUCAGCAGAUCCUAAGAAAAAAAUUAUUAAAAAUACUAAAAAAUAAAUUAACAACAAUUUAAAUGUAUAUACUAUAUUAUCAAUAUUACAAAUUAUAAACAUUUAUAAUUUAAUGAUUGUAUAAUAAAAAUAGUAACAUUAUAAUAAA